AUGGAUAUCUUCGACGCCAUCCAACACUCAAAUAUCGACAGACAAGCCUAUAUCUCUAACCUCAUGAUGGAUAGAGACGCUAGACUGCAGGACACGGAGGGUACGAUAGGAGUGCCACCGACUCUUGCCCAGGUUUCGGACGUCAGCAACUCUACCUCAACUUCGGGGGGGCCAGAAACCAUCUCAAACACGUCCGUAUCCUUGCACAAUCUCGUCAUUGCCCCAGAAGGAAGGACACUCUGCUCACCACCUUUACAGGAUAUACUGGACGCAAUCUAA